GUUGGUGGCUGAUGGAGAAUAUGAGGGUGAUGAAGUGGUAUUUCAAAAUGUAUAUGCAGCUUUUCAAGCUCGGAGUUCAAGUGCACCUGCAGGACCUAGUGGAAGCUCUCGUGCAGAACCUAGUGGAAGCUCUCCUGCUACCCAUGUUUUGGUCUCGAGUCCUACUAUGUCACAAGUGGAAGAAGACAAUGUCGACGACAAUUCUGAUGAGAAUGAUGAGAUUUAUGUAGAUGUAGAGUCUAAUGAGGAGUGAUAAUGGUAGUAGUGUUUAUCUUGGAUAAUGGAUGAAUUUUUAUUUUACUUGGAUGUUAUCAUCUGAGAAUUGUAAAACUAAUGUGUUUAAUUACGAGUUGAAGAUAAUCUCAUCUAUGAUUGUCAGUAUUUUAUGUUAACAAAAUUAUUUAUAAUUUUGCGCCAAACACCAAACAUUUUUUUUUUGCAUAUGAUAGU